AUGACGGUGACAUUGCUUUCGGCAGCUCCCGAUCUCUCUGAUCAGGUGGUACGACAUACUCAAAAGGACACUGAUCUACUUGUCUUGCCUCCCUUGGCCGGUGUCAAUGAGCCGAUCCGUGGUGAUCUUUAUGUAUGCGAGAGCCAAGUAUACUUUUAUUCUACUAGUGCCAAUUCGGGUAUUGCAGUGGACUACCCAGAUAUCAUCAUCCAUGCUAUUUCACGACGAGAAGAACGCCCUUGCAUCUAUUGUCAAUUGGAAGCUGGUCGAUUCUUCCCCAACCAACAACUACCCGAGGAUGAAGAUGAACAAGAUAUUGUGACCGAGCUCAAGUUUAUGCCUGAAGAUACUGGUGCAUUGGAAGGAAUCUACAUGGCCUUGUCUGAUUGUGCUGCAUUGCAUCCAGAUGAAGAAUUCAUGGCUGAACAAGAAGCACUUGAAGAUGAAUCAGAGUUCUUUGCGGAUCCUAGCGACGAGGCAGAGUUAACCGAAGUACAACAAGCUGCAUUAAGACAUCUGGAAUCAGUUUUUCAACCACCCAUGAACGGCAAACCACAAGAAGAUGAGAAGAUGGAUGAACAAUAA